AUCAAUUUAACUUUGAAAAACAUUCUUAUCAAAUAUUACGUAAUAAUAGCUUAUCUAUACUUUAUUUGAAACGGUUUUAAAAUGGGAAUGACAAAAUGUGUAUUAUCCUUUGUGAUUCUAUUAUGUUACGUCCAUGUGAUAAUAUCAUUUUGUAUGUAUCAACUACCCAAAGAUCACAAUCCAAAGAACUGCACAUACGAGGACAGAGUUGUUGCACUUGGUGACUCAUUAGAAGAUUUUGAGCGUUGCAUUAGAAUUGGAUGCUCUGCUAACGGUGAAAUGCAUAUUUGUGGAAUUGGAAUAAACGCUGGUGUAUUCCAGCCACCGCCAGGAUGUAAAGUUAUCAAGGGAGACAAAUGUGCGCCUAAACUGGUGGACGUAAAUGAUAAUAGUAUAGAAUGCCAUCCAAAAGUCAACGAAUAACACCAACUCCUUUAGAUAAAUCCAUUUAUAAAUUCAGUUAUUGCAUUCAUGGUUUAGCAAUCAUCAUUAAAGUAGCAACAUUUGAUUAUGAUACAUUAAACUCACCAUAAGAUUCAAUCAUUGAUGAGGGAAGAAAGUUUUUCUUUUCUUAUUUUGAAAAAAAUAUUGUGUAUGUAAAAACGUCCAACAACCUGAUACAUGUACUAGUAUAAGUUUUUAUUAUUGUUCAGUGCGAGGUCAUUUCAUGUACUAUUAAAAAAACCACAAAAAAAAACC